UGCUGGCAGUUACAAAGUUGAAGACAGAAGAUUUAAUGCCCACUUUAAGUAUGGAAGCUAAUCAGAAAAGGAGUAUAACUUGGCUUUUGUCGGCCACCCUCAUCUGUAGUCUGCUGGUUCAAUUGAGUGCCCAACAGUUCUAUCCCAACGGGAGAUACGGAAGAAGAAGCAUGGUACCACCUCUGGCUGAUGCCAUGCAUGAAAUAUCGGUAUCGUUUUUUGGAGACGGAUCCGUCAUGUGCAUCUACACGGGAGUUUCGAAUUUCUACAGAUGUAACAAGAAAUCGAGCGGAGCAUCCAACGAAUCGAUGGACUGAAAACGAAGAAGAAAUAAACCUGGAGGAAAUCAUUUCCGAACGAAUUACUUAAGUGUAACAUUAAAAAUUCAAUAAAAACCUCA